AUGAAUAUAUUGCAGAAUCGCAUCGAUUCCUUCAAAAAUAACACAUUGAAAUGGCCAUAUGCUAACAAGCAACAGUAUCAUAAACCAGAAACUUUUGCAAAAGCUGGCUUCUAUUUCAUGCGUAGGCCCAGGACAGUUGAUAGUGUACGCUGCUUCAUGUGCGAUAUUGAUCUUGGUCAUUGGAAAGCGGGACAAUCGCCUUAUACUCGCCAUGCCACUGAAUCACCCGCAUGCCCUUGGGCAUUGCUAAAUUUCCCUGACGCUGCAGCAUCCAGCAACAGAGCAUUGACAGUGAAUGAAAAGGACCCUACCACGCAACCUCAACAUAAAGUUAUGAGAUCAGCUCGUCUUGCAACGUUCAAUCAUCACCAUUAUUGGCCACCCAACAAGAGUUUAAAGAGUAGACGGUUCCAAGUGGCAUCCAAGCUGUCAGACGCAGGGUUUUAUUUCACACCCACAUUAGAGAACACAGCUAGAAUCAAGUGUCCAUAUUGUAAAGCUACUAUCAUGGAGCCGGAUAAGACGACAGACGCAUUGGCUUUACACAGACAACUCAACGACGCAUGUCCCUUUUUCAGUCAACAACGAAAACUUGGCACCAAAAGCAGUAGCAGAAAUAACAGAAGAGAUACAACAGCCAGUACUGCAUCCAGCGACACAUAUAAAACAGCUGAAAGUCAGUUGGAUCUAGCAUUACCGCCACCACCUCCACCUCCACAGGCACAAGAGGUACAACAGCAAGGGGAUAACAUGGUGCCACAAAAGCGAAAACCAGAGCAAGAGGAAGACGAUAGUAUCUGGGACAUUAAUCACUUUUUGAAUAUACCAGCUCAUGUCAAAAAACCCACAUUGACCUAUGGCAACAAAUCAACCGAAAGAAGAACACGACAAAGAUUGUUACCGUCCGCUGGCAAAAGAACACAUGUAGACAUUUUCUCAAAUUUGGACCUCUCGUCCUCUCCCUCUUUGGCUGUGGAGCGAUCGUUAGAAGGCAGUAGCAGCAGUAGCCAGGUGAAAAAGCCAUCAUUGAUAGAGAAGAUGGACAAGCCAAGACCAAAGCGCACAUCAACAUCAACAUCUACCAAGAAGAGAGAGCCACAGCAAACUAAAACAGUCAAAGAGAAGGCACCAACACCAUCGCCAACCAUACCACAUGCAGCAGCUACAACAGAACCACCAGUAACUGCUUCAAUAGCAUCUUCAUUUUCAUCCAGAGUGCUACCGCCAUUACAAACACAAGCACAAGCACAAGAACCAUUACCUGACGAUGAGUCCUUGCUCAUGUCCCCCGUAUUUCCUCCUCCAGAUCCAAUCCUACUUGAUAAACCAUUAGCUGCUAUUCCCAUCCAAUUUAACAAGCCCACGACAGCAUCUGCAGAACCGCCGCAAUCUUCAGAAAGCACGCUAUCCAGUGAUGAAAAUGAAGACCCAGUGCCUCUCUCCACCAGCACCACACCGUCCCGCGACAAAGGAAAACAAAGACAAGUAGAGCAUGCCAUCGUGCCCAAGAAAACGACGCUCAGUCUAUCCAAAUCGGGUCGAACAUCCAUUCCAAAAAGACCACCUACUUCACCUACAAGAAGCUGCAAUUCAGACGUAGCAGCGUCUUUGGCUAAGCAAAUGAAAUACCUUCAGUCCACACCCAUGCACAGUGUAAGCAGUAGGACAGUCAAUGCCAUGGAUAUCUUUGGUGAGUGUCCAUUAUCUCCCAUCACCACAACUACAUCAUCAUCAUCAGCAGCAGCCACAGCAAUCCCAAACAGCAAUGCAGCACACAUCAGAACACCCUCUAUGGCUACUACAGGUACUGCUUCUUCCAGUGCAGAUGGUGUGGUUGGUCGCACACGCAGUGUCUUUACUGCCGAUGGUCAACGUCGUCUUUUUCACUCCAACAACACUACAGCAACAAAUGCACCUGCCAUGACAUUGGACGUUAAUUCAGCACCACCAGUAACAGCGGAACAGAAACAAAUGUCUGUUGAAAUGUAUCUUCAACAUGUGAUGGAUGAAAACAUCAGAAAAGUGCGAGAACAAGGAAAGCAACUGAUUGAGAUCAUGAAAGAGAAAUCAGAAGACAUCAAGCAAGGCUUGUUGAGUCAAAAGCAGCAGCAGCAGCAGCAGCAGCAGCAGUAG